UAUUUCCGAGGUCAUGUUUAGCAACUCGUCAAGAGAUUUGUGCGCCUUAUUCAUCAAUUAAAGUAUUUUUCCUGUGUCUGAUAAUAUUGAACGUUUCCAAUAUUCAGAUGCCGCCACGUAGAGAGCCAGAUCAUCAAGAGGUUCCCCAGGCCGCUGUAGUCGCCCAGUUUCGCGACUACCAUCCAGAAAAAUUCUCCGGCCAGGGAGAUCCUCGAAUUGUUGAUGAAUGGGUUCAGGGUCUUGAAAUGAUUUUCGAGGUCAUGGACUGUCCCGACCGCUAUCGUGUUUUAUGCGCACAGAUCCAAUUGACAGGUGACACAC